AUGUGUGUGUGUGUGUAUAUACUAUACGAGUGUACGUGGCGAACGUCUAAAAUUAUCGCCUCGUAUGUCCCUGGCUUUUUCCACUGGAGUGUAGGAGGAAGAAAAUAUUUUUCGAUUCAGUAUGUUUUGAAUCCCCGCGGCGCAAAAAUGUACGAUAUCGCCAUUACCCUAUACUCGUCAUUUGCGUUGCUUUUGCUUGCAGCGGCCGAUUACGACUCGUCCGAUGAAAAAGUGAAACCAUUAGCUAUCAACCACAAAGGCGUGAAAAUUGGUUGGUACAGUUUCUCUAAAGUUACAUACAAAAUAAAAAAAAAUGUCGGCUCGGUAAAGAACUUACUUUAUAAGUUUCGUUUUGUUGUUGCAGUCGCGUUGUUUCACGAAAAUGACGACACCGUCAAUGAAUUGGCGUACAAUGUGAGCGUGAAAACCGUUAACAUUAUGGACACGGUGUUGCCCAAAAACGAAAUCGUCCAGAGAUCCGAAUACAUCAUAAAUGACAUGUAUAACGUAACACGUGUCGGUAAGAAUUAUAGAAAACAUCAAUAUAAAAGAGCUAAAAACAUUUACAUGGCGUAUAUAGAACGAAUAAAUAUAAUAUUAAACCCUGCAAACCGAUUGAAUUAAACACAAACUUAUUUAAAUACAUUUUUAAUGGUGUUUUUUUUUUUGUUUUUUUAUAAUUAUUGCUAUGUAUUUAUUCAUGUAUUUUAUAAUUUGCCUAUAUUUUUAUUUGUAAAAUAAAAGUAUGUGACUCGCUGAAGCCUGGAACCGCUGCGUUUAUUGGUGGAACGGACGACGAAGAUAUCGAAAAUGUGGUCAGGUCUAUAAGUACUCGAACUCAGAUACCAUUUAUCCUAACUAGAUGGCAAACAUUCCACCGUCCUCCUGAUCCUUACGCCAUUAGUCUCUAUCCCGAGCCGUCUCUUUUAUCGGAGGCAAGUUGUAUAUCUAACAUAAUCAGAUAUAGGUAAUUAUCACAAUGUAAAAUACAUAUUUUUUUAGGCAAUACGAGACAUAAUACUCGAUAUGGAUUGGGAGUCAUUCACGGCUAUUUACGAGAGCCAAGAGUGUUUAAUUAGAUUCAAAUCCCUUUUAACGCACUUCAAUUAUGGGUACAAUGCACCGGGAAAAUCGAUUAAAAUCAUUCAAAUGUCACCUACAGAUGAUUUUCGGUGAUUCUAGAGCAUAUGCGACUUAAUUUGUUUAAUAAUAAUAUAAUAAUUUACAUUUGUACAGGCCGUUGUUCAAGGAAUUAAAGUUAUCUGGCGAAAAACAUAUAAUUUUGGACUAUGAAGUUGAACACAUAACGCCUAUAUUGAAACAAGCAGAUGAAGUACACUUUAUGGGAGAUUAUCAGAGCUAUGUUAUUACUAAUUUAGUGAGUAAGAAAUACCUAAACAUUAAAGGCCGUAGGAACAAUUUUAUACUAUGAAUAUACAAGUAUAAUAACGUAAACAAAACCUUGUAAAAUCGGAAAAGGGAAUAUCAAUGUUUAAUGAUGACAACAUUUUGUAUGGAAUGAUAGAUUAUAUAUUUAGGUGCUGUAUAGGUAUUGGGAUGCUAAUAAAAAUUUAAAUAUUGAGAACAUAAGUAAUUCAUUGAAUUUGUUAAAACAAUUCCAUUAUUAGAAGUCAAAAUUAAACUCUCGACACUCUGGAAUUUGUUUUCUUUUGAGAGUAAAACUAUAUCGAAUUGAAAGUGUUGACACAUGAUCCACGUGAAACUAAUAAUUUCUACUCAGAAUCGAACAAUUAUAAUCAAUAGCCGAUAACUUAUAAAAUUAUUUAAACGAUUUAAAUUUAUUGUAUCUAAUGUAUUUUUAAUGUGAGCAGAGUGUCCGAUGUCCAUACGAAAUGUACACAUUAUGUACUUAAAUUUAUUUUUUUUUUUAUUCUGGCAAUACGCAUGAUAAGCAAUUAAUUCAAAUAUGUCUAAUAGGUAUUCUCGCUCUAAAGCAAGAACAAUUAAUAAUGAUUUUAAGAAAUUAUAGAAUAAAAUAAACAAACCACAAUACAGUUUCUAAACACGAUCAUUUUUAAGUUUUAACACAGUUUAUUUUUCAUCAUUUCAGGACGCACACACAUUAAGUUUCAAUGAAUUCCACAGAUCAAUGGCCAACAUAACGUUGAUUCGGCUAGUCGACCCAGACAGUAAACACGUUAAAGAUGCCGUGAACGAAAUAUUAUUUAACGAAAAAAAAAACGGACGACGUAGUAUUUUAUCAGAGAGUACAAUAAAAGUAGAUAUAAAAAAAAAAUAUGUAAUAUAGACUCAUUUCAUUAUAAACCAUCAGGUUUGGCAUAUUUCCAGAGAUUACUAUUAUAGUAAUAAAUGCCAGAGUUAAAAACUGAAAUAGCUCAAAAAUAAUGUAAUGUAUUUUAUAUGCAUAUAACAUAAAUAUAAAAAGGGAAUGGAAAUCUGCAGCAUGAUGAUUACUGUAGGAAACGCCUAAUAUUAAAUAAUACCUAUAAUCCAUGUACCUAAUGUUUAAUCAGCUCUUUCAAACAUUAAAAUGACCAUUGAUAGAUUGAUCACUUUUUUUACAGACAAAAACCGCAUUAAUUUAUGACGCAGUAAACUUUUUUGCGAUGUCGCUCCACGGUUUGGUGGCCACGCAAUUGAUUAAGCCAACGAAUGUAACGUGCGAUAACAUAAAACCGUGGGUUCACGGAUACAGUCUGAUCAACUAUAUGCGAGUGGUAAGAAUUAUUUCUCGAGAUAGGUACUACAUUAUACUUUCUUCGAUUCAAUUUAACGUUUUUAUAUCUACACAUCGUAUCAUUAUAUUAUAAUAGAUGGAAUUACAUGGAUUAACGGGUAAAAUGAGGUUUGACAACGUAACAGGCAAUAGAAAUUAUUUUAAAGUGGACGUGGUUAAAGUGCACGGAAACGAAAAGCACCGUUUGGGCUCUUGGGACCCAGAACAAAAGAUGACGCUGACCAGAUCUGCUUCAGAAAUCUACACCGAAUUAUCGCAGUCUAUUACGAAUAAGACGUUCAUCGUUGUCGGAAAAUUGGUAAAAACGACUAUGACAAUCCACCACCGGUCGAAACUUUAAUAUCCAUUACUGAAAAAAUAUAAAAAUGCAAACAGGUUCAACCGUAUUUGAUGAAAUGUAAUUCCACGAAAAAAGGAAUGGACAAAGACGAAGAGUGUUUCGAAGGAUUCGCGUACGAUUUACUAGAGGAAAUGGCGAAGUUUAAUGGAUUUAAAUUCAAGUUCACGACCAACGAGGAUUACGGAUCAUUAAACCAGAAAACCGGAAAGUGGACCGGUAUGAUCGGAGAAUUGCAGUCCAUGGUAUGAGCCGACUACGGUCCGAUUAUAAAGAUCCAACAAAAAUUUUUAAUUUGCAUUUGUAUAUACCAAUAAUAGUAUUAUUUCUUUUAAUUGCAGCGAGCAGAUCUGGCUAUAUGCGAUCUAACGAUCACCUUCGAUCGGAGAAACGCGGUGGACUUUACGACGCCGUUCAUGACGUUAGGCAUUAGCAUAUUAUACGCGAAACCUGAGAAAAAAAAACCGCAGCUGUUUUGGUUCUUGAAUCCGCUGUCAUUUAGCGUAUGGAUGUACACGGCCACGGCGUACCUAGGCGUAUCGUUGUUCUUGUUCAUGUUGGCCAGGUUCGUACUACCUACACGGAGAAUUUGAAUUCUAAUUUAACCCGUACAUAAUGUAUUAGUAUAUACCUAUGUGGGGUAACACGGCCUUAACGCGUCACGACGGUCAUAGUUCGCCACGUAAUAUUACAAUAUAGGUAUGCAUUAUACCGCAGUCCCUCCGCCAACGUAACUACACAAAAUAUUGUAAAUAUUAUGUUUUAUAAUGUUGCAGUUUACGUAUAAUAUAUACUUGUUAAUAAGUAAUAAUAAUGUAAUUAAUAUAAUAUAAUAUUUUUUCGCUUGAUAGUCUUCGAUUUAGGCGGGUUUUUAAGUUGAGUUUCUCCCCCCCCCUCCCUUUUCCCCAAUAACAUUAUACAGAAUAUAAUAUGGUAUUCCUGUGUAGAAAACUAACAACCCGUGUAAAUAUCACACGCAUAUACGAGUACUGCCUGCGUGCCAAUACGCGUUAAUAUUGACACUAAAUAUCCGGCCGUGAACCCGUGAUGGUCAUUUCGGGGUCAAGCGAUUCCCUGCAGAACCGUUGUGGAACUGUUUUCAGAAUGUCACCGUUUGAAUGGGAGAGCCCGCGUCCAGUCAUGCCCGGAGAUAACAAGCUAGAGAAUUCAAUGACGCUGCUCAACUGCCUGUGGUUCUCCAUCGGUUCCGUGCUGUGUGCCGGAUGUGAAAUCCUACCCAAGUGAGCACAAAUCGAUAUAAUGACAAUACGAUUAUAAUAUAGGUACUCUGCAGAUUCCAUUAUUUAAUGUUAAUUGCUAUAUACAUAUUAUAAUAUAUUAGGUAUAUUUAGAAUUAAAUGCAUGCAUCACAUGUUAUCGCACUCGUGUAUUAUUUGAUUAUAUUUUAUGCUGUAUAAUGGCAUGUGUGUGUGUGUGUGUAUGUGUGUUUGUGUGUGUGUGUUUAUAUUUUCGUGUAUUCGUGUAUUUAUAAGUUUACUUGAAACUUGAAUAUUUUUUUUUCUUUUCGUUUCUUAUCUCUUCCCGUGUAUUUGGGAAUACACCACUUUGGUGUUCAAAAAUUCUCCAUUUGGCUCGGUCUACCACAUCAUUUGCUCAAACACGUCGAAGCACUUCUGUUUCGGUUCUAUCAUUCAAGAAGCAAACGUAUAAACGCAUUCGUGUACAACUACUCGUAUAGCUUAUGUGGUUCAUCUCUACUCAUAACAUACCAUACCUACGUUCAAAUCACUUAUACGCUGCUGUCUAUCCUCUUUCAUUCCACUCAUAUUCCAUCCUAUCUCUAUAUAAAAUCACUCUACUCAUCGAUUUAUAAGCUUGAAUAACAAUAAUGAUUUAAUUUAUACUACUACAUUAUUAUGUUAUUGUGAUAAUAAAUAUCUAAUAAUAUUAUGCAAUUGUGUUUAAUGUACUGAUCCGGCGACUAUGAUUAUAAUAUGGCGCGGAGGUUGCAGUGUGCCCACCACACAUACGUCUACACUAAACUUGGCACAAUAAUAAUAUCAUUGUUUUUCAAUUUUAUAUCUAUCCCCGUUGAUUGUUUGCAGAAUCACACCCAACGAAUGGCACGAUCCGCAGCCGUGGACAGACCGUAACAACGAGCUUGAGACUAGGCUUAAUGUGGCUAAUCUGAUAUGGUUCAGUUGCGGCACCAUGUUGCAACAGGGUUCCGAUAUAUCACCUCAGUAAGGGAACGUGAACCUAACACACAGUAAUAAUAAUAAUACUAACGACACGAAAACAACAUCUUUAUAUAGUGCGACGAGACGCCUGUGUUUGGUAUACUAAAUUACUAACAGAGUAAUAACUAAGUUUUUCAAAUAGGUACGAAAACGGAUCUAUGUAAAGCAUAGGCGAAAAUCGAAAUUAACGUUUUAAAGUUGAAGUUUUAAUUUUCUACCCAUGAUAAUCUUUACAAUUUUAAAAUAUUAAAACUGAAAAAUUGCCUUACAAAGGGCAUCGCAAAUUUCCAACCGCGGAAACGCAUUACUUACCUAGACUUUUAAAAUGUAAUAUAACUAUAAUUAUUGUUUAUAACUGUAGUUUUAUUGAAACUCGAACAAUUAAUUUACAUUAAAUCUUUAUAUUGGAUCAAAAGCAGCCAUCAUAGUUAUCCCACUGGGCUCAGAACCUAAAACACAGCAUAAUAAAACAAAAAUGCUCUGAAUCUAAAAAAAAAAAAAUACGUCCUAGGAUAAUGGAAACGGGUGCAGCAAUUAUUAUAGGUAAUUUAAUGUAUACCUAUAAGCAGCGAUAAACCAAAAAAAAAAAAAAACGAUUCUGAGUGAAAUUCAGAUGAUAAUGGUACUUUGUCAACAAUAUAUAUGCCAUAUUGUAGUAAAAUAAUUAAAUAGGCUCUAUAUAUUUUCUCUUUUAAUAUUUGUUUAAUAUUGAACCAAUUUUACUGGUUUUCCUAAGUUUUUACGGUUUUCCCAUGUUUUUCCCUGUUUUUCACAUUUGCUGGAAAACUCCUGAGAAAAUCAAAAAAUUACCUCUUUAAAAUAACAAUCCAGUCGGAUUUCCUUUCAGAAACAUUGCUACUAUUAUAAAUUGGAGCAAAAUUGCUAUUAGAAAAGUUGUAUACAAAAAAAAAUCGUAAUAUAUUUUAAUUAAUACCUACGUUUCUUACAUUUUCCCGCUUUUCCUAGGUUUUUCAAAUUUGAUGAGUAAACCCCUAAGAAAAACGAAAAAUGACUUCUUUUAAGUGCCCCCCCCCCGGUCAGAUUUCUUUUUAGAGACAUUGGCAUCAUUCUACAUUGGAACAAAAUUGCUGAUAGAAAAGUUGUCCACAGGAAAAAAAAAUGAAUAAAUAUCUUUGUAAAACCAUAAGCUUCUUCACUCUACUCAGAAUCUAAAACAUGGUAAAACCAAUACAUUUUUUACUCCGCUCAGAAUUUAAAAUGUAUAUAAUUAUUUAUUUCUUAUUUACUUCUAUGAACAUACAUUUGUAAGAGCAGAACUUGGCAAAAUUUCGUGGGAGCAUAGUCACUGAAAAUUAUAUUUUUAUGAAAUGAAAACAGAGGUACUUCUUUGUUUAUAGCUUACGGGCACCAUAUCCCUUAAUGCGGGCUUGAUUUCAAUGUAUCGCAAAAGACACUCGUGGAUAAUACAAAAAGAAAUUGUCUAAUCUAAUUUAUAUAGGUAGAUACCGAAGUACCUAUAUAUAGAUUUCGUACGUAUUUUGUACCGUCCAGACUUCGACAUUCCUGUAGAAUUUAACGCCUUUCUCUAUAUAAAGCAUAGAACUAUUCCGAGAUUUUUUUUAAGCAUAUACACUAGAAUUCUUGAUAAACGAUAGUACCCGGUAAUUUAAUCCCAUUAAAUAACUAUCGUUUAACCUUAUUGGAUAACUGAAUAUUCCAUGUAAUAGAAUCUAAAUUAAUUUUUCUCAACCGAGGAGGGGGGGACAGGGUCUAUUUUUGUGUGUAAUACCAAAUCUGUAGUGUGUAGUGCGAAAUUAUUAAACGUGUAGUACGGAAUUAUAAAAUGUAUGAUGUUAGUAUUUUUAAUUGUUUAACAAAUUUAGAAUAAGUAUAUCAAAGAAAUUUGAUCAAAUACAAAGUAUUUUAAAAUGUUUUACUUAUUAUUAUGAUUUUUUAAACUUGUUAUUUUAAUGUUUGUUAUAAUUAUUUUACUGACUUCGAAAAAGGAACUAAACCCAGAUAAACGUUAUUUAAACAAAUUUUUUAAAGAAUAAUAUAUAAAUAAAGUACAAACUAGUUGAUAUUAUGUAAUAUUUUUUUUUAAGUUUACUUAUUACAUUAGGUAACAUACAUUUUCCCUUGAUAAAGUUUAAGCAUGGAAAUAUUUAAAAAAAAAAUUGUAAACAACUAUAAAUGAUAGAAAAAGUAGUGAAAUAACUAUACUUAAGGGUAUGGGGGCAAAUUUUAUUUUGUGAUCAUGAAUUUAUGGUCUAGACCAGUGUUUCCCAAAGUGGGCAAUAUCGCCCCCCUGGAGGCACUAGAGCUAUCCAGGGGGGCGAUGGAAGUUUCAAGCUUAAUUGGGAAGCAUUGCCUUACAAAAAGGGGCCGUCAUUGUAUUUAUUUUUUUCAACAACAUUAUGUAAAAUGUAGAUUGUAGGUAGUACAAAUUAGUGUACCUGUAUAUUUUGUAUUUUAAAUUUAGAAUAAUCGUUUAUAACUUUAUAUGUUGACAAAUAAACCCGUCAUUAUCGCAAUAAAUGUAGCAGUACACUAUUUCUACUUCUAUAUUAUUUGAAUGUUAUCUGUAUUGCGGUAUUGGUAAUUUAGUAUACUCGUGGAUACCGAUCUUGUUCCAAUCUUGUACCAAUCUACUCACAAAAAAAAGACAACAGUUACAAAUAACCAAUCGUGGGACUUACGAAUGCUUCUUACAAAAAUCGAACCGAAUAUUAACCAACUUCUAGCAAAACACCAGGUACAUCCAUCUCAUUAGGAUCUUUUUUUUAUUUGUACGUGUACCUAUACUAUAUAAUAAUAAAACAUAAUACUUAUUUAUAAACAAUACAUUAAUUUUUCAUUGCAUAUAAUGUAUACUUUUGUACCUAUAUACUUUUUUCUUUAAUGGGGCAUGUCAGAUUUUUUUUUUUUUUGAAGUGGGCGAUAGUAAUAAAAAAGUUUAGGAACCACUGGUCUAGACUAAAAAGUGCGUAAUACGAAAUAUUACGAAAAAAAGAGCCUAGCGGGGGAAUUCGAGAAUUUGUGAUCCACUUGCCAUUUGGAGUCACCAACACAUAAUAAGACCGUAAAUUUGUACCUAUUUUGUAGUGUUAAUGUGUUAUUUGAAGUUUUUAAUAAUCACAAUAAUGUACCUAAUUAUAAAAGAUCCAAACAAAUUUAUAAAAAUAUCUAUACCUAUCAUAACAAAAGUGUCGUCAAAGGUUAAUUACUCGAAUACGUCCAUUAUUCAUAAAACACCUAACAAUUAUAAAAUAUUGCACAAAUAUUACUAUCAUAAAAGUAUACUUGACUAAUCAUAUAUUUUACGCUGUUAUCUAUUAGAAGAUAUAUCUUAACAUCACAAAUAUUAUUGCGCAAAUAAUUUAUUAUAUAAUAGGUAUACACCGAAACUGUAUGGCUACAUGUAAACUCCUACAAAAACGACCUUUUUACCUGCUAAAAAUAGAUUAUGUAAUCUCCUAUACAGACCAUUUUACAUAUUAGUAUUUAGAAUAAUAGUGUAGCGAGAAAUGUAUUUUGGUUUUACAAUGAUGUUUAUUUGAGAUAAUUGCACUUCAGCGGGAAAAAAACGUACGAUUUUCCGAUUUCAUUAUUUUAAAUUAAAACGCAGAAAUAGUUUUAUAUCAGAAAUAGUUCUCUAAUAGAAAAAUGAUAAGAGACCUUUUUCGUUGCAUUUUGGAUAAAUAUUCGUAGAAACUUACGAAUGUAAGAUAAUAAAAUGCAAAAUAAAAUUUAGUAAACAUUUAGUUCAACAUAUUAAUAUAAGGCAUCGUAUUAGAAAUUCUCGAACAUUUCGAUAACGUCUACGUUAUUUCCGUAAAUUGGAAAUACAACAAUCUCUAUCUCUUAUUUUUUUAGUUUAUAACUGAUUUUUACUUAUUUUAAAAUACCUUAUUUUACUUUUUAUAACUAUCUAGUGUAGGAGUUAACACUAUGUCAAUGUAGGAGAUUACCUAAUUUUGUAGAAGUUUACCAUCCCCCCAACUGUAGUAUCUACCUCCCAUACCAUACAGUACCAAUGUAAAGGUAUCGAGUAAUGUGAUCACAAUAUACGUCUAUAACUAUUUUUCGUACAAUAUACUUCACCGUAUUUUAAUAUUUGAUAUUGCUAUUAAAACCCCAAAAAUAUAGAUGUAUGAUGUGUAUUUUUUUUUACCUAAACAUAUAUAUAGGGCGGUCUCUACGCGUUUAGUGGCGGGAAUGUGGUGGUUCUUCGCACUCAUCAUGACUUCUUCAUACACCGCCAAUCUGACCGCGUCCAUUACUAGCGGACGUCUGGACACGCCGAUCAAGAACGUCGAAGAUCUGUCGAAAGAAUCGGGCAUUGCAUACGGUUGUUACAAAGAAGGUUCUACGGCCGGUUUUUUUCAGGUCCGAUCCGCCUAAAAUACCUACAAAUAAUAAUACUUACCUAUAUUAUUUUAACAUUAUUAACGUUAACGUGGAUUGUUUACUUACUUAAUUUUUUUUUAAAUCCGUAGGUUAGAUAUUAGUAAUGAUAUCUAUUACAAUGCUCUUAUCAACUCUUCUUUAUUCUUUAUUUCCAUAUUGUAGAAUCCCCAUCUUAUUGUCAACAUAAUUUGUUUCAUAGAUAACAUCCCUUAAAGUAUUGCAUUGAUCUUCAUUUUCCUUUGUUCUCUUGAUCUUAUCUUCUAUUAUCCUAGCUAGUUAUCGAUGUUUUGUUCCUUAUGCGAUGCCAUCUAUUAAUCUUAUGGAAGAUCGAUGGUACCUGUUCUUUUAAUAUUCUUUCUGCCUAAAAAAAUGUUUGAUGAUCUUCAUCAUACCUAAACUCAAGCUCGAAGCUAGAUCAAUUAUAUAGGGGACAAACCAUUAACCAAGUUAUAAGGGGGAAAGGGACAUUAGAAAAAAUCGUAGUUAUAUAAAACUAUCGUAUGAUCACAACCAUAACGGCAUAACCAACUCACAUUCAAAUUAACACUUAUUGGAAUACACUUUUUUCCAAUAUAACAAUUAAUUCGAAAAUCGCCGUCUUUCGAUAAAAAUGCUAUUAGGGGGUCAAAUAAUGGGUCUAGGGAGCUAUGCCUUCUUUUGUUCCCCGGGGCUACUGGUCAGUAUAAACAAAAAAAUAAUAUAAAAUUAAAAAUAGCAUAAAUAAUAAAUAAUAUAGGAGUGCGCUAAAGCGCAGAUUUUUCCUCAGAUUGUACAAAAAAAAAAUGUAUUGUGGGGAUAGGUUUAUUUCUGCACGAAUUUAAAGUUAAACUUCAAAAAUUAGAAAAACAAAGAGUUUGUCAAUUUUUUUUCUCGAAAAUGAAUACCGUAACCUAAAGAAAAAAACAUGCUUCACAUCUGCAACAUUAUAUAUUUGUUGAAUGAAUUAAUUUUUUUUCACAUAGGUAGCAAGUGACACAUUUGUAUUUGUCAUCUCAUCUGUCUUUCUAACAGGCAAUAUAGCAGAAAUAUAUUUAGCGUUCACAUAAAAUAAAUAAAAAUACUUUUCAAAUCGAUUAUAAAGAUAAAACAUAUCUAAAUAAUAAAAUAUUAAAAUUUGUAGAUUACAAAAUAUUGAAAACAACCUAUCAGUAAUAUACAAUUCUUUAAAUUUAAUGUUCAACUCAUAGGGUACAAACAAUCAUAUUUUUUUUAAUAACUUCACUAUUUUAACAAUUACUAUUUGAAAAACGUUUAAGAGAUUUUCUUCAAAAAGUUGUCAUCUACCUAUAACAAAUUAUAUAAUGAGUGUUUUAUCUACAAAACAGAUUUUAAUAGAUUUAUUUUUUAUUUUUGCCACAUGAUUUGUUAGAAAGACGAGACAGCAAUUUUAACUGUGAUGGCCAUUGAAUUUUUGUAAAGAUACCUAUAUUAAUAUUUUUUGCUCACGAUAAAGGCACCUACCUAAUAUAGGUAGGUGCAUAAUUAUCUAUUUAAAAAUUGGGAUCUUUUAUUGGAAAAUUUUAGUGAUUAUAUAAAUUUAUAAAAUACAGUAAUAGCAUUAUCAAUACCCAGGUAAUAUAUUUUUAUAUUUACAAGGUCGUAACACACGUAACUGAAAAACCGAAGAGGGCGGUUGUAAACUAAAAAUAUAUGGUGUUCUAAUUGUGUUAUAAUAUUGUACCUAUAGGUAAUUAAUAUUUUAUAACUAAUAUAACGUGAACAAAACUUUUGGGAGAGGGCUGAAUCACUUGAACCCCCAAAACCCUUUAUGAACCUUUUUGUGUGUUCUGCAGAAAUCGAACGUGAGUUUGUACCAGAGGAUGUGGAGUGUGAUGGAAUCGUCUAACCCGACAGUGUUCACGAUAAGCAACCAAGAAGGCGUAGAUAGGGUGUUGAAGGGCAAAGGACGGUAUGCUUUUUUAAUGGAAUCUUCCAGCAUCGAAUACCAAACGGAACGAAACUGUAACUUGAUGCAAAUAGGGAACACACUAGACUCAAAAGGAUACGGUAUAGCAAUGCCGAUGAGUGAGUAUUAUUUUAGAAUCGAUGUAUAUAAUAUAUAAUGUACAGAAAAUCAAUAGGGGUACAUACCAUAUAUUCCUAUAUAAAUGGAAAGAUAGGUAUCUAGCUAUUAAUUAAUAAUAACAUCUUAUUAGCAGUGGUGGAUUUUCAACAACUUUUUUGGGAGGAAAUCUGAAAAUACAUUUACCUAUAUUUCAAAGGUAUCUAACAACUAAAUAAACUAUAAAGUGGGACACAACCUGGGGAUCGUCAAUAAUUUAACACUAAUUUUUUGUGUACCUAUAUUUUAAUCGUAUGUUUAUUAUCAGUCAUUCCAAAAUCCUCUUAGGGAGAUUGAAACCUUUAGCAGAGUAGUAUAGUAUAGCGGACUACCAGUGUGGACUUUGAAAGGGUAGUAUUUCCACAUUAACCAACUUUAAAUUUAAUUAUUAUUAAUUAUUAUUAUUAUUAUUAAUUUAAAAUUAAUCAAUUAUCGGCCGACAAUUAAUGGAAAAAAUAUACGAGUUCAGAUUAAACGUCUGACAGGUAUUCGAGGACUUACUUAAGAAACCGUACGAUAUUAUCCACCGUGAUAGCCUGUUUAACAUAUAUACUGCACGAGUUUGAAUUCCCAUAAAAACUUAUCUCGCUGACAAGAAUGUGUAUGAAUGGUACACGUUAUCGAAUGAGAGCGGACAGCGCCUAAUCAGACGAGUUUGAAAUAAUGACUAGGCUAAAACAGGGCGAUGCGCUCUCACUACUACUAUUUACCAUCGUUGUAGAAAAAGUAAUAAGUACGCUGCGUACAAAGAAACAACCAUGGGGUCAAGAUAGAUGAAGUUAUACUAGAUGUACUAGGAUUUGCAAACGAUAUAAAUAUUCUUGGAUAAGGUAAAGAAUCAGUUAAACAAAACACAACACUGAUAAACGAAGCAAAGAAAAUCAGACUAGUGAUAAAUUAAAAGAACGCCAGUCAUGAAAACAGCGACCAGCGUAAAUGCAAAUUUUACAAUCAAGAACUACGUGUUUGAGAAAACCUAAAGUUAGUAGGUACCUAGGUGCAACAAUCACUGUGGUCUGUGAGUAACGAUUGGAAUAAUUAAAUCUGUAAUUACAUAAAUUAAGGUGAAAGGGGGGCAUACUUAGCUCUAAUUGAAUAUUUUAAAUCGAAGAUCUAAAGAUACAAAAUCACAUCUCUACACGGCUAUAUUAAAUAAGGCCUGCAAUUACACAUGGAUGUGAAGUAUGGCCCAUGACAGCAAAAGUCGAGCAAAAGCUAAGAUCCUUCGAAAACAAAGUAUUAAGAACAAUAUGUGGACCUGCAUAUGAUGUAGCCAAAUGCUGGCAAAGGAAAAAUGUUAAGAUAAGGGAAAUGACAAAAAUACUCGUAAUAACAAAGUUACAGAUUGGACACAAUAAUAAUAUUAUAUUAUAAAUAAUAAGAUAUAAGUAACUCAUUAGGAAUAUUUACCUUAUAAUUGUUUAAGUUGUUUGCAAUAAAUUAUUAUAAACGAAAAGUUAUUAAAUAUUUUAUUCAUUUCAACAGGAUUUAUUUAGUAUUUUAUCUGGUCAUAUAAUAAGUAUACAAAUUAGUGAAAACAAUACAAAUUAAUUUUGUGUAAGGUUUUUUUAUUUCCCCUCCCUCAUUGAGAAAUCCUGGCUACGCUACUACUACCUAUUUAUGGAAAAUUAGUAAAGGAUCGUCGCCUCAACGAAAUAAAUAAACUGAGAAAUUAAGGGGGUCAAGAUCUAUAAAUGGUGUGCACCACUAAAUAUUGACUAUUGAUGACUAGGUAUUUUAGAUUUUGAGUCGAGUGUAGAAGCUAAUGGUUUUACAAAGAUGUUUAUUUUUAUUUUUUCUGAAAUAGCAAUUUUUCUAAAAAGAAAUUUCACUGGGAAGUACUUACUUUAGAGAAGUCGUUUUUCGAUUUUCUCCAAUUUUCUCAGCAAAUAGGAAAAACCGAAAAAAACGGGAAAAUUUACGAAAAACGGAAAAAUCGGUACAUUAAACAAAUAUUACUAAAGAUAAUUAUAUAUAUAUAUAUAUAUUUAUAAUGCUUAUUUAAUUAUUUUAGCAUAAUAUGACAUAUAUUGUUGACAAAGCAUCACUUUCAACUGAACUCCGAUCAGAAUCGUUUUUUCGUUAGCAAUGGUUAAUCGUUACUAACAGAUAUACAUUAAAUUACCUAUAACAGUGGAUGCACCUGUUCCCAUUAUCCUAAGACGUCUUUUUUAAAUGUCAUGUUAUUGAAAUUAUAUCGUUAUCCCCCGUUUUUGUUAAACACCUGGAUAUCCCCUACCCUAAAUCCACCACUGCUUAUUAGAGUACCUAUUUUAAAAUAUAUAAAAUGUUACCGUUAAUGUCGGAAAUUUAUUUAACCUAGAUCACGAAUCGUUCAUUAGGUACGAUAACUGUCUAUAAACAAUAAGUAUAGUUUUCUUUUUCCUUCUUAGAUUCACCUUAUCGUACUUUGAUCAGUGAAUCCGUAUUGAGAUUACAAGAGUCCGGAACAUUAAACAAGUUGAAGGACAAAUGGUGGCUAGUCCAAGGAGAAAAAAAAUGCGAGGCGAGUGCCACAAUUGAGACGGACCCGCGGAGACAUCGACCAGUCACUAAAUAAUAUAUAUAUAUACUCUUUUGUUUCCACAGGCAGAGAUAGAAAGCGACAAACUGGGCUUCGAGAAAAUCGGAGGAGUUUUUGUGGUACUCGUCCUCGGGUGUUUGAUAGCAUUUUUGUUUUCCAUAUUGGAGUUUUUGUGGAACAUACGCAAGGUAGCCAUAGAAGAAGAGGUAAGACUCUAUUAGAGAAUUCUUGCAGCUAAUGUAUUGAGUGACUUCACAAGUAUCUGAGAACACAAUUAUUAUUAUUAUUUUUUGUUCUAUAUAGAUAACACCAAAAGAAGCGUUAAUUUUGGAAUGGAAAUUUGCGAUGAAGUGUGAUGGAGUCAUCAAACCAUUAAAAAGGAGAUUUUUAUCUACUGAAAACCGAAAGGGAAAUUCUGACACGAGUUCAAACAAUUAA